GUAAUGCAGGUAGUGAAAGAACAAAUAAUGAGAGCGCUCACUACCAAGCCUAGCUCUCUGGAUCAGUUCAAGAGCAAACUUCAGAAUCUCAGUUACACAGAAAUACUGAAAAUACGCCAGUCUGAAAGAAUGAACCAGGAAGAUUUCCAGUCUCGUCCCAUUCUGGAACUAAAAGAGAAGAUUCAGCCUGAGAUCUUAGAACUGAUCAAGCAGCAACGUCUCAAUCGACUUGUGGAGGGCACCUGCUUUAGGAAACUCAACAGUCGGCGUCGGCAAGACAAAUUUUGGUAUUGUCGACUUUCGCCUAAUCACAAGGUCUUGCACUACGGAGACUUGGAAGAAAGUCCCCAGGGAGAAGUCCCCCAUGAUUCCUUGCAAGAUAAAUUGCCAGUGGCAGAUAUAAAAGCUGUUGUGACUGGGAAAGACUGCCCUCACAUGAAGGAGAAAGGAGCUCUUAAACAAAAUAAGGAGGUGCUAGAGCUUGCUUUCUCUAUAUUGUAUGACUCGAGUGGCCAGUUGAAUUUCAUUGCUCCAGACAAGCAUGAGUAUUGUGUAUGGACCGAUGGGCUGAAUGCCCUCCUUGGGAAGGACAUGUUGAGUGAUCUAACACGGAACGACUUAGACACACUGCUCAGCAUGGAGAUAAAGCUACGCCUCCUUGACUUGGAAAACAUACAGAUCCCAGAUGCUCCCCCACCUAUCCCAAAGGAGCCCAGCAACUAUGACUUUGUUUAUGACUGUAACUGAGGCUGCCACUGAAACUUGCUUCGAAACUGGAAAUAUUAUAACUGGAGAGAUAUUAAAAAAAAAAAAAGAAGAGUGUGAGGAAAAAAAGACACCUACUUGUGCACCUUGGAUUUUGGCUUUGGGGAGGGGUGUAGAAACACUUGCAUUCCUUCCCAUUCCCUGCAUCCCUUCCUUCCCCAUUCCCAUCUUCCGCAUUGCUCAUCCAAAUCCACAUUGCUUUAAUUAACUUGUAAUUGCAGGCCAUUGGCCUUGCUUAAGGCAAAGACUGCCACUAAGCAGCACCCUCCCGAGGACUUUUUUUACAUUUUUAAUACCGGAAUAGACAUUCUUAACUAAAGGACGAUGUUAUCAAACUGCAUGCCUGUGAAACCCACUUGGCAGGGCAGAGGCUUUAACUGGAAGGAGGAGGGAGGUAGGGAGCAGAAGCAGCUACUGUAGGCAGAAGAUUUCCCCAGACACUCCCAAGAGUCUGCUCACAACUGAAUCCAGUGCAAUGAUGAAAAUCGUUAACUGCUUCCCAGUGCUUGCACCAUUCAUCACUGUCAUUAUUCUUUCCACUGCAUCUCAACUCUUGCCACCAGCCUUCACCCAACUGAUCGGCUCCCAGAAUGGAAAGUCUGCAGGUUUUUGCUGUACCAUACGCUGCAAUGCUGCAACAGCUUUUAACUUCUUUUCCUCCCAGCUCUUAAAUAGCCCUACACUAGCAGAUCACUCACACAAACUGCAUAUGAAGCCACUAGUGUGUCCCAUCCCUAUGGUGUUCCCUAAACCUCAGUUGCCUCUAAAAUUGGCUUGUUGCUACUCAAAGUGAUUUUUAUUUUCUUGGUCCAAAGUUCAACAGUAAUUUCCACAAAUUAAUUACAACUGCCAAACAUCCAGGUUUACAUUGUUGUCAUCGCUACAGUGUUAAGAAUUUGCAAGGGAUUUUUUUUGUACGGGUUCUAAUUUUUUUAUUUUAUUUUGCCAAACAAAUAUAUUUAAUGAAAACUAAUUUCAUUCUGAGUACUUUUGGGGGGACAAUAUUUUUACUUAAUUUCCAUUUGGAACAUUUGCCCUGAAGGGAAAAAGUAAUAUAUCCCUUCAACUUCACUGUUGAAUAAAAAUCUGAGUUGUGAUGAUU